CUUUGUGUACUUUGUAUGGUAAUUUUCUAAAUCUAAGUCCCAAAUUUUUUAGUGACUUUCAUCACCGACAAUUUACUCCCACAAUGGCAAAACCUGCUCAUCCUGUGCUGUCUGAAGAAGAGCUCGGCAAGCAAUGGGACAAAUGUAUCUACAACGGAAUGGUCAAAAUGGGUGGAGGAUUGGCUGUGGGAUUAGUAGCUUCACUGUUGAUCUACAAAAGUAAAGCAAAACGAUGGCCACUCAUUCUGGGCACUGGAUUUGGUCUUGGCUUUGCAUAUGCCCAAUGUCAGAAAGACUUGAAUGAGACCCUCAAGCCCAAAAUGGGACAAAAGGUUGCCAACGCGUAAAUAUUUUCCUGCUAGUCUCAAAAUUUACCUUAGCUGCAUAUAACAUCAGUAGCAUGGAGGAGAAAGAUUUAACUGGUCAAGGAUGUGGUCUACCUUACUUACACGUAGUCACUUCAUGUAAAUAAUUAGUUGUAACCAAUUUUUUUCAAUCUGUUGAUUCGUCACUUAGAACUCCAUCUUCUUAUUUGUCCAUGGAUAUGCAGUACAAAUCUCAGCAGAGUAAGUAACCAGCAGAAGUUUCAACCUUGGAAUUCUUAUGCAGGUCAAUGUAAACAUUUUAAGGAAUUUUCUGCAUUUUCUCUGUUUUUUUUCAAUCUGGUCUUCUCUUUCUCAUAAUUAUUUAUCUUUCACUCCCAACCGGACCGGAUACAUUUACACAAAAGCAUUUGUUAAAUUCAUCGUCCUCUGUGCCUCUGUGCAGAGGAACACAAUUUGAUUGUGCUGUCUCAGUAUUUCUCACUCUCGUUUUAUUUAGUUUAUUGAAGAACCGUCACAUGAGUUUUUCUGAAAUUUCCAGUCAUUUUUUUCCACCCUUGGAAAAAGAGACUCCGAAAUUUUCAGACUGAUGCGUGCAAUGAUUCUCCCAUGAAAAAUUAAAAUGUUUGUAGAAAUACUGAAACAGUGCAGACAAGAUACGUUUUUUUGCGUCAGAGAUGAAAAAUUGUAUUUAAAUCCAUGAAAGCGAAAAUUAAGUUGUUGACCUCUCUAUGCUACUCUUACACGAGUUGUAAAUCUCAUGUUCUUUACAAUUUGCACCAAUUUUAAGAGAGGAAAUGUAAGUUGCCCCUUCCAAUUUUACGGAGACCACUUUUCUUUCAUCUUUUUUGGAGUUCAAAGAGAACAAAUAUUGAGUCUCUUCUUUUGUGAAAGGCAGGAUGAGAUAAAAUAUUUCUGUUGAAGACAAGUCUUCUUAUUAUUAUAUAGAUAAUGAGUUCCUGCUUUCUGUCCAAGGGAGAAAAGCUUUUCAUUCGAAGCUGGAUAAUGCUACCGGACAUGGGACAUUCUUUUUGCAUCCAGUAAAUCUUACUUUAAUGUUUUAAAAACAAAUUGUGGAAUGUUUCUCCUCACUCAAAAAUUUUUCAGGAAUCAUGGCUAAUAAGUUUGAGCAGACUUGUCUUCCUUCUGAACUCUGUGACAGAAAUGUUGUUAUUGCUUUUUGUUGUAGAUUCUAAUCACUGUAAGUUUGUAUUAUUUUUAUUGUGUUAAUAAACGGUGAAACACAAUU